AAUUUCAGCUGCCCACGUCAAGUAGGCGGGAUUUCCUCUGAGGUAAGCUUGCUGUACGGCCUCAAGUGAAGGACAUCAGUUCAGUCAGACUACACUGCAUAUACAAGGACCAUGGGUGGCCACGACGCAGGUACACAGCACCAGUUCACCGGCAUUGCCAAGUACUUCAACUCCUACACCAUCACAGGAAGGAGGAAUUGUGUGUUGGCCACAUAUGCCAGCAUUGCUGCCAUUAUUCUUUUCUUUAAGCUGAAACCUAAGAAGGAGAAGGCUGUAACAGCGAGCUAACUUAUGGUCAUGCUGUGAUGUUUGUUGUAUAAAGACUGGAUAGCUGGUUGUCUUGUGUUCCAUGAUGUUCUAAAUAAAACUAUUCAAAACCCA